AUGACAACACAAUGGUUCUACAAUUGUACAUUACCAAGAUUUGGUCCAUUAUGUCAAUAUUCAUUGGAUAAUUACAUAUCUCAUUAUUCAACAUUAUAUGAAAUUAUUUAUGAUUUUUAUCAACAUGAAUAUAAUCCCAUAAAUUUGACAUGUUAUACGCAUUUAAAAUGCAAUCGAGGUUCUUCAUCGAUAUGUCUUGAUUGGACUGAAAUUUGCGAUGGAAUCAUUGAUUGUCAAGAUGGAACUGAUGAAGAAUUUUGUUGGCAACUUCAAUUUAACGAGUGUGAAGCAAAUGAAUUUCAAUGUACUAAUGGACAAUGUAUAUCCAAAAUAUUUUUGCAUGACGGUGGUAAUACUUUUGAAUGUCUUGAUCGAACAGAUGAAAUUUGGAAGGAUAUGACGUGGAAGAAUCCUUUAGCUUUCACGUUUCGCAAUGAACCAACAUUUGCCAGUGAAGAUAUCACAUGCCCCAAGCGCUAUAUCCUAGACAAUAUGAAAUGGACGAGUUCAUGUCUCUUCGAACGCAAUAAAAUACUCGAGAAGUUAUUGUUCAAUGAUACACCAAAUAGAGUAUCUGAUGAUUGCUGGAUGGCAGCUAAAUGCCAGUUGCGUAUUCUCGAUCGAUCCGAUCCAAGAUGUCUUAUUCAUUGUUCCAAUAGAAUAUGUACAGAAAUAAUUAAUCAAAGUUGUCCAGAUAUGCUACGGAUGCCAGCAGGCACAAUUGCCUUUGGUCAUAUAUUCUUUAUCUAUACUAAAAAAGAUAUGAUUAAUUCUCCUGCUCGAUCAAUACCACCCAGUUAUGUAUGCUACAAUGAUCAACUUUGUGAUGGAUUCCAUUCAAACAAACCAUUAAUUUCAUUUAAUAAUGCCACAUGUCGUCGUCCUGUAGAUUUUCCAUUAAAAUUAGAUGAUCUUUUCAAAUGUACAAUAAAAAAUAUCUGUAUUUCUUCAGCAUUGGUCGGAGAUAGUUGGUGUCAUUGUGGAUUAGGUCAAUAUAAUGCUUGUGAAGAUGAAGAUCUAAACAUUCAUUAUAUUAGAACACAUAUAUCAUUUACGACUAUUUGUGAUAGUUUUACAGAAUUAAUACCUGUUACUAUAAACGGACGAAAUGAAACAGAUGAAACAGAAUGUGAAUAUUGGAUAUGUAAUAAUACUUAUACACGAUGUGAUGGUUUUUGGAAUUGUUUUAAUGGAGCUGAUGAAGUUGAUUGUUAUUCAUCAUCAUUAUCAUUUAAUUGUCCAUAUCAACAUCAUCAUAUUUGUGUUUCACCUCAUACAAAUCAAUUUAUGUGUUUACCUCUUGAAAAAGCAAAUGAUGGUAAUAUUGAUUGUCUUGGUGGUACUGAUGAACCUAAAUUAUGUCGAUCAAAUGAUUAUCAACCUAGCGACAAAAAUUUUCAGUGCAUCAAUCACAGCGGCGAACUUUGUAUUGAACCCCUACAUUUAUGUUAUAAAAGUCAUUGCCAAGAUAGAACUGAUAUACAAUUUUGUGAUAACACUCGAGAUAUUCCCAUACACUCUACUAUUUGUAAUAAAAAGUAUGAAAAUAUUCGUUCUGAAGUUGAAAACUUCUUUUGUGCACGCCAACUCGAUACUAAUAAACCGCAAUUAGUAUAUUUCUCACUUGGUAAAUUGACGAACUCAGCUAACCAAAUGAUUCAACAAUAUACAAAUGAAAUGAUCUUACAAUCAUCCACCAGACAAAUGAUUAUCCAUCAGUAUGAGCAACGUUGUCAUCGUGGUCUUCCAUUACGAAUUUGGUUAAAUAUUGAUAAAAACUUGACUACUAUCGCAUGUCUUUGUCCACCUAGUUUCUAUGGUAGUAUGUGUCAAUAUCAAAAUCAACGUGUUAGUCUCACAUUACGAUUUCAAACAUUUUCGGAUUCUCGACGAACACUAUUUGCAUUAAUUAUUUUACUUAUUGAUGAUAGUAAUGAAAGAAUUAUUCAUUCCUAUCAACAACUUACUUAUCUUUAUAUUCGAGAUUGUCAAACUAAAUUUAAUAUUUAUUUACUUUAUUCAACUGGACCAAAAAAUCAAACAAAAAAUUAUUUCAUUCAUAUUGAUAUUUAUGAAAAAAUUUCAUUUACAUAUCAAAGAAGUUUUUUAAUUCCACUUAGAUAUUCAUUUUUACCUGUACAUCGUAUUGCUAUUCAACUUGAUAUUCCACGUGCACAUGAUAAAAAAGAAAAUUGUUUAGAUCAAUUAUGUAUACAUGGUCAAUGUAUUAGAUAUUUAAAUGAUAAUAGUUUUUGUCAAUGUUAUCGUGAAUGGACAGGAAAAU